AUGCACGUUGAUGACCUGCAAUUUGUGGGACCUGCAAAGGAAGGAGCUCAAAUCGCGGAGGCGCUCCAGAAAGCUUUCACGAUGGAUGUACAAGGGCCAUUCCAUGAACCAGGGGAUACAUGUCAAUUCUUGAAGAAGUACUUCCAUUUCAAUGAGGCUGGAAUUGCGAUUCGUCCGAAUGAAAAGCAUUUUCUGGCUUUGGAAAAGCUUUUGAAGUUGAGUUCCUUUGGCAAGAAGUUGAAGGGUCCUGUGCAUCCAGAUCUAUGCAAAGAAGACCACGCCGAUUUGUUGAGUGCAGCAAAAGCAGAGAUGUAUCGCAAAGCAGUUGGCAUUAUUUUGUACAUCAGCAGUGACCGACCGGAGCCGGACGUGCAGAUCCAGUUGAGGAGUGACAGUGUUGCUGGACGUGGCAUUGCAAAGCGUCAAGGCUUGGGCCGUGUGAGGCAUCUGGAAGUGCAAUUCCUUUGGGUGCAACAAAAGCUGGCCGAGAAGCAGUUUCGAUUGGGGCCAGUUGCUUCAAUGGUCAUUAGUGGAGAUUUGGGGACCAAGUCUUUACAGGUGAAUCGUCUCAGUUUUCUUUUGGGACUUCUUGGCAUGGUAGAUUGUCAUGAGGAGUUUUCUUUAGUUGGUCGAGACGAGAUGCAACGGCAGCAGCACGAUCAAGAGUUCCGUGAAAAAUUCAAGAAUGCUCUCAAAGUGUUUCGUUACAGCUUUGAGAAUGGGUCUGAUGCAUCCUCAAGGGACAAUGCAUUGGUGAAACUAAUUCUUCAGAUUUGCAUGGUUUCAAGUUUGGCUCGUGGAGCCGAUGGCAGGGAAGAUCAGAGCAUUGAGCAAUUCGCAUUUGACAGUACAGAUUUCCUCUUUCUUGCUUUUGUGAUGCUGGUCAUUUGUGCUGUUUUCUUUGUUGGCAUUUUGCUUGGCAGGAGCUGCGCCCGGCAUGCGAGAAAUGAAAACUUUGCUUUUGGAGACUGCAACAGUUGGAGUGCAAUGCGAUGA